AAGAUAUUUCUCAUGUUAAUGUGGACAAAAACGGCACAACUCAACACCUAGGAGUGCCUCACUGCCUCGCUCGCUACUCGGAAACUCCGUCUCUCGACAGGCCUUGGCAUGGCAAAAUCACGCGCUUCUCUUUGCUCCUGUCAAUGUGAUCAACUCUAGGGUUUCUCUUUGGACUCUCUGCCAUAACUAAUUUCACACUGCAUUAAUUGGAGGGAAGCUAUAAGGCUCUGGGAAGUGGAAUGAGUGGGAGUGGUAGAAGGCGUUCCUCAAAGUGGGAUUUAAGAGAUGAACCUGAGUUUGUAUCUGACAGUAAGCAAUUGCGAUCUGGGUGGUCCUCUGCCAAUGUUACUGGUAGCAAUAGUUCAAAGUGGUCUUAUCUGGAAGGGAAUGAGAAGCUAAAACCUAAUAUGCGAUUACCAUACAAAGAACCUUUUUCUGGAGGCAGAGUUUCUAAUAAGGAUGAUAUCAUGAAUAAAGACUAUAACAGAGAUUUGGAUGCCAAAAUGGCAUGGGACGCAGAUGAGAGCUAUGGAAUGAAAAUGUCUCCAGGGUUGGAGGAGUGGAAACGUAAGAGGCGCAGUCAUUCCCCAAAAAAUGGUUUGGACAGGUCAGUCAGGAGCAGGAGCCGGAGCCGGAGCCGGAGCCCUGCCCUUGGGUUUAGGUGGGAAUCAGGAGUCAAUGACAGAAAUAGAAUGAGAGAUGGAGGAUUGCCGCAACCAUGUAGAGAUUUUGCUGUUGGAAAAUGCAGAAGAGGCAGCCGUUGCCAUUUUCUUCACCAUGACAAUCGAAAUUAUGAGGAUGGCUGGGACAGGAGAAACAGGAAAGAUGGACCUCCUAGAUAUUCUGCUCCCUAUGAAAGCAGGGACAUUUCUGCUAGGAGUGGAAGAUCAAGUGAGACCUGUAUCAAUUUUGCACAAGGGAAAUGUAGAAUGGGAGCAUCUUGCAAGUCUGUGCAUCAUAGCAAUUCUGAUGAUAUGAGCAAAGGAAAUGUAGAUGAAUCAACUAGAGAGAGGGAAUUUGAUCAAAGGCGUAGGGAGAGUUCUUUCGAGCGUAGUGGUGGGCAUGAGCCAAACCGCUUUAGUGGUACUCCCUGCAAAUUUUAUGCAGCAGGCAAUUGUCGCAAUGGUAAACAUUGCAGGUUUUCUCAUGAUAGGCAGGCAUCUAGGAGUCCAAAUAGAAGAUUAAGAGAUGACAGGUGGGGGGACAAUCCAGGUGGAGAUCAGGCAUUGGAUAGAACAAGAGGGAGUAACUCAGUUAGUCCUGGUAGAAGGCUAAGAGAUGAUAGAUGGGGUCCAGAUAUGGUUGACGUGGAUAAAAUGUGGGAUGGUCCACAACUGAAUGAUGCUGUUGCUGUCCCAGAUACAGCAAAGCUGGGUGAAGACAAGAGUGGAAAUAUGGGCAUACCAGAUCCUGGAUUCACUACUUGGCCCAGGACUGAUGGAUGGGGCGAUAAUUUAGAUAACAACAAAGUGUAUGCGGAGCCACCUUUUGUGGGUGACAAGAAGAAAGUAGAACAAUGGAAGACAGAAAAUGCUGGUACUACCAUGGGUGCUCCCCAAUCAAUUGUGACUGACAAAUGGCUUGAUGAUGCAGAAAUGUCUCCUGAUUGGAAUUAUGGGAGUGGAUCUUCUGGGCACAUUGAAGACAAGAGUGGACAGAAAAAGCAAGGUUUGACCCAGGGUGGUGCAUAUUUAGCCACCUCCGAACAUAGUAGAUUACAAGUUGCUCCAGGACAAGGUUUCAAUCAGAACACACAGAAUGUAAAUGCUUUGCAUCCUUCUAGUUGUAAUGUUGUUGGACAAAGUCAAGGGGCAGUCCCUGUUGCUCCUCCACUUGGAGGGUUAGUUGAAGUUAUUCAGAACCAAGCAUCUUCUGUAAAAAAGUUUAGUGUUGAACCAAACAUCAUGGAUGCAAGCUUAUCGCAUGUUAGUACAAUAAACAAUCCAACUCAAAACAUGGUGAGCAAUGAACAGCUUGCUCAUCUUAACAGCCUCUCAGCCUCUCUGGUUCAUUUCCUGGGAACAGGUCAGCAACUUCCACAAAUUUAUGCUGCACUAAAUUCUCAUGAUGCAAAGGACACAUCCUCCCUACCCAAAACCAAAACUGAAGUGUCUGGGGAGCCUGUUUCCAGUGCAUGCAUCAAGCCUGAUCCUGUUAUUGGAUCCCGGAAGCUGUAUGAUCCAAUGAAUGAUGGUAUGGAGCCAAAGAAAACUGAUGCAGGUGGAAUCACGCCAUCCUUUUCUCCCAGUAAAACAAUUGCCGAUGGUUCAGGGAAACAAAAUCAUGGUGAUUCUUAUAAGACUUCAGAAGCACAAAUUGUCAAGAGUGAACAUUUAAUGCCGUUGCAGCCAGGUCAAAAAGCUGAAGCUAAUGAGGGAAACAAUGACGUGGCAGCUGAGGAAAGGCAAGAUUCUCGAGCGGAAGAUAGAAAUGCAAAAGAUAAUGGCCCUUCAGAAAAUAUGGACCAAAAUGGGCCUGAUGAGGCGAAAAAAAUGAAGGAUGUGAAAGGGAUUCGUGCUUUUAAAUUUGCGCUGGUUGAGUUUGUUAAGGAGCUUCUGAAACCAACAUGGAAAGAAGGUCAUAUCAACAAAGAACAUUAUAAAACAAUUGUGAAGAAAGUUGUUGAUAAAGUAACCGGUACUAUGCAGGGGGCUCAUAUCCCUCAGACACAAGAAAAAAUUGAUCACUAUCUGUCAGUUUCGAAACCAAAGCUUAACAAACUUGUACAGGCAUAUGUUGAAAAGGUUCAGAAGGCUUAGUGCCAGUAUAGGAAUUUGGCCAUCUAGACUAUCUUAUUACAUUAUGUUAGAGGUUAUUAUCUUCAUUGUGUACUAUAUUUCAGUACAUUGUAGAUUUUUUGUUUUUGUUUGUUGUAGUUGAUGGUCGAAUUGGGUUUCUUUACAGCUCUUGCUUACCGACAAACUGGGAUUAUUUAUUUUUUACUUUUUGAUAAUUUCCCUUCUUUCUUUUGGGAAAAAUUUUUGGUGUCUUCUGCUAUCGGACAUAAGUUGCCACUUCA